AUGAGGACCACCUGGCUCUUGGCGCUGUCCUGCGCGUGUCUGGCGGCCUUCGCGUCGGCCAAGAAAGGCUUGGAGUUCCCGCGGUACGACGGCAAAGACCGUGUCCUGGACAUAAACGACAAGAACUACAGGAAAGCCCUGAAGAGCCACGACAUGACCUGUCUCCUUUACCACGCGCCCCCUCCCGCCGGCAAAGAGAGGCAGAAACAGUUCCACAUGACCGAACUCGUGCUGGAGCUUGCGGCACAGGUUCUGGAGAGCAAAAACAUCGGCUUUGGAAUGGUUGACUCUCAGAAGGAUGCCAAGGUUGCUAAGAAACUAGGUCUGGAAGAGGAGGGUAGUGUGUACGUUUUUAAGGCCGACCGCGUCAUCGAGUUUGAUGGACUCCUUGCUGCUGACACCCUAGUGGAAUUCCUCUUGGAUCUGAUGGAAGAUCCAGUAGAGGUGAUUGAUAAUGCACUGGAGCUGCGUGCCUUUGAUCGCAUGGAAGAAGACAUCCGUCUCAUUGGUUACUUCAAGAGCCAGGAGUCUGACCACUUUCUGGCAUUCCAGGAGGCAGCAGAACAGUUUCAGCCUUACAUCAAAUUUUUUGCCACCUUUGAGAAAUCAGUGGCCAAGGAGUUGACUCUGAAACUGAAUGAAGUUGACUUCUAUGAGCCCUUCAUGGAGGAGCCAGUCACCAUUCCAGACAAACCCAACUCUGAGGAAGAGCUGGUUGCCUUCAUCAACGAGCACAGGAGACCAACCCUGAGAAAGCUGAGAGCUGAGGAUAUGUUUGAAACCUGGGAAGAUGACAUUGAAGGCAUUCAUAUCGUGGCCUUUGCAGAAGAAGAAGAUCCUGAUGGUUUUGAGUUCCUGGAGAUCCUGAAGGAGGUUGCCAGAGAUAACACAAACAACCCUGACCUGAGCAUCGUCUGGAUCGACCCAGACGACUUCCCCUUGCUGAUUCCAUACUGGGAAAAGACGUUUAAGGUGGACCUUUUCAGACCACAGAUAGGUGUGGUCAACGUCACAGACGCUGAUAGCGUGUGGCUGCAGAUUGAGGAUGAUGAAGAUUUACCCUCAGCCAAGGAGCUGGAAGACUGGAUAGAGGAUGUGCUGUCAGGCAAAGUCAAUACGGAAGAUGAUGAUGACGAUGAUGACGAUGAUGACGACGAUGAUGACGAUGAUGACGAAGACGAUGAUGACGAUGACGACGAUGACGAUGAUGAUGAUGAUGAUGAUGAUGAUGAUGAUGAUGAUGACGAUGACGAUGAUGAUGAAGAAGAGGACAAUGACGAUGACGAUGACGAUGAUGACGAUGACGAUGACGACGACGAUGAUGAAUGA